AUGGAAGGACUCGUCACACUCUGUGCUCUUUUACCAGGAGUCCAGAAGUUAACCGUUACUCCUUAUCGUGGCACAACCAUCAACAUCAGCAAUCCUCAGGGUAAAGGUUGCAAAGUGUGCACAGGGCCGAGAAGAUGCAGCACUUCCGUUUCACUGCCAAGCAAUGAUUCUGUCACACUGGAGUUUGACUGCUCCAAGCCUCAAGACGUAUUCAACGUGGAAAUUGUGAGCAAUAUAGCGUGCAACGUAAAGUCGUGCAGCAGCCACAUCAUCCAGGCCGAAUCCGGCUCCCUCCCUUUGCUGGAUUUUAACCGCAGGUUCACCUGGAAUCUAAAGGCCUUGGGGCUCAACGCUUUUAGAUUAGACUUCGCUAACACAGGUCUGAGACAGAUUAAUCCGUCUGAGAGAUGUCCUGACAGACACACCUACAGCCUCGAGGCCCAGCAGUCCACAGGGAACGUGGCCUUGGGGAAAUACUGCAGAAGGGGCACUAUCAGCAGCGCUCAGAUACUGAAUCAGGGCAGCUUUUCUCUGGAUGUCCCAGCAGGCCAGAAGCUCCAAAAUGACCAGUUUGAUGUAUCUGUGGGGGAAGAAAUCAAGUCUCUUGCCAAAAUUUCUCUGACGUUACCGAAAGGGGCCUCGUCCUCGGAGCUGCUCUCGCCAAACUACCCGGACAGUUUCCCCGACGACGACGUGAUGGAGUGGUACUUCGACGUCCCAGACAAACACAAGGUGGCCAUCCAGUUUGGAAACCUCACGGAGCCGCGGUGUUUGAAGAAGGAGACGGGCGUGGAGUACCAUAGCAGAGGGAGAGGGGCCCUGGUUCUGAGUUUGAUGGACACCCAGCCGGUCCAGAAUCAGGGGAGCUUCUCUCUGACGUUGAGGAAUUGUGAGAUGGACAGAAGACGAACUGGUUCUCCAGGACUCUCUCUAAACCUAAAGGUGUCUGCUUCAACCACAAGUUCACCAGUGACAUGUGAAGUGGAUCCCAGCACUGAGAGCCUUUCACUGCACAUUGAGAAGCUGAAACCGGCCUCUGACUGUGAGAUGAAGAUAAACUCAGUGACGAAGGAGAAAAUAACCAUCACAUCAAGAAGUAAACUGUCUUUCCAGGACUGUCUUCAUGAUGACUUACUAGUCACAGCCACCAGAGUCAUAGGUUGCAGUAGUCUCAAAGACUGUCCAAAGGCUACCAUCCCUCUGUUGGUGCCUCUGCUGCCGUCCUGCCUCCGUUCCUUCCUGAGCAGCGUCACCUGGACCCUCCGUCCCGGUCAGCACGGCACCGUUCAGCUCACCUCCCCCAGUGGACCCAUCAAACAGGCCCUACCCGGGCAGUCGUGCAACGGCAGCAUCUUUAUUAAACUGACCGAAGAUGAUGGAACCAUUAUUGGACACUUCUGCCCUCGUGGAGCCAUUCAGAAAAUCCAAAUCCACACCAAUGUGUCAGUCACCUGGACGCCCACCUUCCAAGGAAGAAUUCAGAGGUCCCUCUACAAGCACGUGCUGAAUGCCACUUUUGAAAAGGAGGUAUCAGACAGGUACAUAUUCACCGUAUCUCCAUCGAAAGACACCCCUGUCCUCCUGGCUACUCCUGGCUGGCCUGUAGGAAUGAAGCCCUCCUCCACCGUCUCCUGGAUUGUCGAUGUCCCCCCAAAGAUGGACGCACACCUGAUGUUCGCCAACCUCACCCAGCCUAAGUGCAAAGCCCGUCACACCAACAUCAGGGUGCAGAGAGUCGGCAGCCCUGAGGAGGACUACAGCCGCCGGGAGGACGAGGAGACCGAGAGCGAGAUCACCAUCUCUGAGAGCUUCUACCUCAACAUGUCCAACUGCAUGCCUGAGAGAGGAGACUUCAGCAUCAUCACCAAGAUCACCCUGCAGAAGGCCAAGAACUUUCUUCUGACCAUCAUCCUGAGCGUGGUGGCUGCUCUUCUCGUCAUUUUUGCCAUAGUGCUUGCUGUAGUCUGUGUGGUGGUUAGGAAGAAGAAGAAGCAGCUUGAUCAUCAAGUGUCCAUCUACAAUCCAAAUGGCACCAACUUCCUACCAGGAUACAACGGAUUCCCGAAAACUGCCGAGGAAAACGAGUAUCAUGUGUACGCCUCCAUCGAGGACACGCUGGUCUACACACACCUGCUGAAAAAGGGCGAAGAGCUUGGCAUCUGUGGAGAGUUUGACACUUACCAGCCUUUCGCUGGACAAACAGACUCCCAAAAACCGCAGGUCUCUAAAGACACUGGUUCCAACAACAUGGAGACCGGCGUUUAUCGGUCUUUCCAGUAUCCGUCCCAACAAGCACCUCCUCUUCCCAACAGACCUCCAAGUCAAGUCCAGCCGAUGGUGGACAAUGAGAUUUACCAAAGCGAGGAGGAACGCUCUCCAACUUUGGGACCACGGAUGGAGCCAGAGGGAGGGAACUGAGCAGGAGAUUGAAUUCGGCUUUGUGAUUUUCACUUGACCUACUUGAACUUUGAUAUUCAUUCCCUGGCUUCUGUGUGAUUGCCUGCUGUUCAGCCUUGCAAGAGGCCUUUUUUUAUUUAUCUUGAGUGUAGCUUUUGCACCAAGGCGAGGCCCACCAAAUAAUCGUGUUGGAACCUGCCCGCAGCUGUUACCAUGUUUUAUCUCAGAUGAAGGCGCUUUUGUUUUGAAAGCAGAACUUAAUCAGUCCCUUUGUACAAGUUGUGGCCGCUAUAAAGGCUUCUUCUGUUGCUCUUAGGCAACCAGCAUUUUGAUAUUUAAGAUAUUUUGUAGAUGUACUUUUGUACAUAUUAUGGCUGAUUUUUUUAAGAGCUGCUGUUUACAUUGCGAGUUUUUCAUUUUUUUUUAUUGUUAAAAAAACCAAAAAAACAAGUACAACUAACACUGAUGCAAACCCUGCAUUUUUAUAGCAUAAUUUUUACAUUAUAGCCUGUUCAGCAGUGGAACUAAAUGUGUGCAGAGUAUCGUCUGUAUGUUGUUUAUUGCUGCUUUUGCCACAGCUUUCUUCGACAUGCAACAUCAUUACACCAUAAAUUUGUCCUACAGAGUGGUCAAAACACACACUGCUAUUCAUGUUUAGGAUUUUAGAAUUGUUUAUAGUAUUUGAAUGAAAUAAAAAAAAUUGAGACCCAUACAUGUGGGAGUCUCAAGACUGAUCUACAAUAA